AAGGGCCCAUGAGGCCAUGAAUCACAGAUUCGUUGUGGGUAUUUGGUAUAUCCUCUCCCCAUAGAUGGUUUAUAAAGGGUAGCCACUGAAAAGGCUCGGCUCUGCGGCCACAGGUGUUUGGAUUUUGCCCCUGCUCCCUUGAUCUGGUUCUUGGCAGAGUCACCAUGUCUGCCUUCGUGGGAAAAUACGCAGAUGAGCUGAUCAAGACCGCCAAGUACAUCGCGACGCCGAGCAAGGGCAUCCUCGCCGCCGACGAGUCGACGGGCACCAUCGGCAAGCGCCUGUCCAGCAUCAAUGUGGAGAACGUGGAGUCCAACCGGCAGGCGCUCCGCGAACUUCUCUUCACGGCGCCCGGCGCGUUCGAGUACCUCUCCGGGGUCAUCCUCUUCGAGGAGACCCUCUACCAGAAGACCUCCAACGGCAAGCCGUUCGUGGACUUGCUCAAUGCCGGCGGCGUCGUGCCCGGCAUCAAGGUCGACAAGGGCACCGUGGAGAUCGCCGGCACCAACGGCGAGACCACCACCCAGGGCCUCGACUCCCUAGGCGCGCGCUGCGCCAAGUACUACGAGGCCGGCGCGCGCUUCGCCAAGUGGCGCGCCGUGCUCAAGAUCGGCCCCGCCGGAGAGCCGUCCGAGCUCGCCGUCAAGCAGAACGCCGAGGGGCUCGCCCGAUACGCGCUGCUCUGCCAGGAGAACGGGCUCGUCCCCAUCGUCGAGCCCGAGAUCCUCACCGACGGCGCCCACGACAUCAAGACCUGUGCCGCCGUCACCGAGCGCGUCCUCGCCGCCGUCUACAAGUCCCUCAAUGACCACAAGGUACUCCUCGAGGGCACACUCCUCAAGCCCAACAUGGUCACCCCCGGCUCCGACAGCCCCAAGGUUGGCGCGGAGGUGAUCGCGGAGUACACGGUGGCGGCGCUGCGGCGCACGGUGCCGCCGGCGGUGCCGGGGGUGGUGUUCCUGUCGGGCGGGCAGAGCGAGGAGGAGGCAUCGCAGAACCUGAACGCCAUGAACAAGCUGGAGGUGCUCAAGCCCUGGACGCUGUCCUUCUCCUUCGGCCGCGCGCUGCAGCAGAGCACCCUCAAGAAGUGGGCCGGCAAGAAAGAGAACGUCGCCUCCGCACAGGCCACCUUCCUCGUCCGGUGCAAGGCCAACUCCGAGGCCACACUUGGCAAGUACGACGGCGCCGGCGCCGGCGCCGGUGACGCCGCAGCCUCUGAGAGCUUGCACGUCAAAGGGUACAAGUACUAAGUCACUGCCCUGCCGGUGGCCCCAGCCCGGGUCCAAUCCGUGUGGUGCACGUGGCUGCGCAGACUGCGUUGAGAUUCGUGCGGAUAUAUGUGCUUCAUCUGUGGUGUUCAUUAAAUUCUCUUCCCUCCUCUAGCUCCUACUUAACCAAAACCGUGUCAAAAUGUUGAUCUGGUUGCAGUUCGCAGUGCACACUAAUAGAAGAUAUAUAAGUGUAAUAUAUGGAUGCGACCUUUUUACUGAA